UUGUCGCAUGCGCCUAUUGUAAUUAUAUUGCCUCAAGCGACAUUACUAAUUAUGUGCAACUAUAUUAUAAUAUACGACACGAGAGGCGCUGUGACACAAUCAGCUCCACAAAUUUACGCGCGAAAACAAGUAACCGGUAACCUCGUGCUAUAGUUGCGUAUAGUUUUGUCUUUCGUUCAGUGCUUGCCAUCCAUUGAACAGAAUCAGAAUGCCGCGUCGAAAAUAUUCGAAUGAUUCAAACUCAUCAAAAGAAAAUGAUGUUGCCGAAGAAGAACCGGCAGAUUACGCAACAACUAUGAAUCGACCGUUCAAGAGAAAGAUCAUAAGUCAAGCCGAGCGCAAAAUCAACAACGCAAAGCCCUGGUUUCCUUAUCCAAGAUUCUCAAUGUCAGUGACAAAUAUGCCAAGGCAUGGGAGAAACAAAAGGAGAAGCGAAUAGUGCAGAACACAAACCAACCAGUACCUGAUAGUAAUAAUUCAUAUUUUACGGGUAGUUUAAGAGAGUAUCAAUUGAUUGGUGUGAAAUGGCUAGAGACACUGUUCUUCAGUGGAAUUAAUGGAAUCCUAGCUGAUGAAAUGGGUUUGGGUAAAACCAUUCAAAUAAUCGCGUUUCUCAGCCGACUCCAGUCACAGAAAGUGAAAGGCAUGCAUAUUAUAAGUGUUCCACUCUCAACAGUACCAAAUUGGAUGGCAGAAUUCAAAAGAUUCGCACCGAAAUUUCCUGUGGUUAAAUUCCAUGGCACCCUUGAAGAGAGAGAAGUACUUUGGAAGAAUUUAGUCAAAGCAUCAUUACAACCUACAAGUGAAACUGAAGUAUAUCCUAUCGUCAUAGUUCCUCAUAAUUAUAUGGCUGGAAACAUGCCAUAUUUAUUAGAUUUAAAGUUUGUCUAUUUGAUCAUUGAUGAAGGCCACCGUAUUAAAAACUACGAAUCACAGAUGUCGCAAUUUGUACGCAAGAUUCAGUGCCGAAACAAAAUACUCCUCACAGGUACACCACUCCAGAACGACAUGAAAGAACUCUGGUCAUUGUUCAACUUCAUAAUGCCAGCGAUUUUCACCAAAGUUGGCGUAUUCAACGAAUUGAUCCAAGCUGAAGAUCUGGCCACUGAAACAAUCAUCUCGUCGAACUUGAAAGAAAGCACAACUGUAGUUCAAACAAUUCAACGCCUCAUCGAACCAUUCAUGCUGCGCAGAUUAAAAAAAGACGUGCUGAAAGAAAAUUUACCACUGAAAAGUGUACGUGUGUAUUGUACGAUGACUCCCACACAGAUAGAGAUGUACACAGCUGCCUUAGAGAAAAAUCUCGCUAAACUAAAAUAUGAAAAUGAAGUAAAAGAAGUGCUUGACAAAUCAAGUCGUAAGUUACGAGCAGCACGCAAAGUAGAAUACAUUGAUGCAGAUGAUGAUCAACCAGUUAUGCAAAAGAAGUUGCCUACCUCAAUGAUACAUGCUAACUUCUGCAACCCCAUAAUGCUCUAUCGUCGAAUCGUCAACCAUCCGUACCUUAUAAACGCACCUUUACAACCCGGCACACCUUACAUCUCCAUUGAUGAAAAAGUUGUCACUGAAAGUGGUAAAAUGCGCGUGUUGGACGCGCUGUUAACCAGAUUACUCGAACGUGGACAUAAAGUACUCAUUUACAGCACAUUGGUUAUUAUGAUAGAUUUAAUACAGGAUUAUUUACAAAUGCGUGACAUUCCGCAUGCGCGGCUCACAGGCAGCGAUUCGCUGGAAGCUCGUUGGGAACAGAUCGAAGCUUUUAAUAAUGAUCCAUCUGUUGGAGUAUUUUUGGUGUCUACAAGAGCUGGCGGGCAGGGUAUUAACUUAACAGCUGCGGAUACUGUGAUAUUUUAUGACAGCGACUGGAAUCCGCAUGCCGAUAAUCAGGCGCAGGCGCGUUGCCAUCGUAUCGGUCAGACUAAACCAGUGAUGGUUUAUACGUUGAUCAGUAGUAAUUCUAUUGAUGAGUAUAUUUUACAGACGUCUGAUUUGAAGCUGCGAUUGGAGAAGGCUGUCAUGUUGGAUGAAGCGCGUGCGCGUCAGAAUGUGGAGACUAUUCAUGAAUUGCUGGCGUUUCUGAAGAGUGCUGGUGACAAAGCGUUGCAUCCGAAUGGAUUGACACUGUCUGAUGCAGAGUUGGAUGCUUUGCUUGAUAGAUCUGAGUUGUUGAAAGAGAUGGAGGGGAAGUAGUUACCCAGGAGAUAAAAUCUCAUU